UUGUACUGUAUCAAGGGACCACGGAAGAAGGACGGUAGCGGUGACGCCGUCGCUUGGACGUCAUUCCUUAGUGGGCUGGUGGCCGGAGGGGCUUCUGCAUUCAUAGUCACUCCAUUCGAUGUAGUCAAAACAAGAAUUCAAACCAUCAAGAAAGGAACGAACGAUUUGGUUUACAAAGGUGUCCCGGACGCCUUCUGUAGCAUUCUGCGUACCGAAGGACCAAAGGCGCUUUUCAAAGGAGCCGGUUGCCGAAUUCUCGUGAUAGCGCCGUUGUUCGCCAUUGCGCAGACCGUCUACUACGUAGGCGUGGCUGAAUGGAUACUUGGAGUGCAGAAGGCCCAUCACGUCUAG